AUGUCGUUGGCGGACUAUGCGGUCGCACUGAUGGUCGUUGCUACUUCAAGCUUGUUAAGCCUCGCGGUGAUCAAUCAGGCUUUUGCAGAGAUUGUGCAUCUGAGAUCUAAUUGGGAGAGGAGAGAUGCUAUUUGCGAUGGGCAGCCGGCGAGCCCCAGCGAUCCGCAGCUCGACGACCCACAACACAACGAUCCGCAGGACAACGACCCGCGACUGGGCGACCUGCCGGCUGCGGGACCUAGUGAGCCGCAGCUAGUGGGCGAUCUGCAGUCGGCAAGGCCAAGCGACUCACAGCCCAGCAACGCGCAUUUUAGCGACCUACCGCCAGCAAGAUCUAGCGACCCACACCCAAGUGACCCACAGCCCAGUGAUCCACAACCCAGAGACCCACAACCCAGCGACCCACACUCCAGCGACCCACACUCCGGCGACCCGUACCCUAUCAGCCCGCAGUCCGUAGAUCCGCAGCCAGCAAGUACCAGCGACCACGACCUGCAGCUGGUGAAGCCUAGCGGCCCGCGCUCGGUGAGAGACAUCGUUGGACAUUCGUCUUACACAGACUCACAACAUUUACCUUAG